UUGUUUGACAGUGUUUAUUGUUGUGCCUUUGUAGAGUAUUUUUUUAAUUAAACAGGUGUUAAGUAACGCUCACGGCAACGUUUUUUUUUUUUACAUAUAAAAAGAGCUCGAUAUGAGGAAGAAGGGGAAAAGCGCGAGCUCAUUUUUUUCGUUGGGAGAGAUGGAGAGAGCUGCGUCGCUGUAUACAGCCAUGUUGUAGACUAGGUUAGCUACUGAUUGCACUACAAAGUGAGAAUGGCAACGAGCACUAGUGUCUUGCCGCAAGGAGAGAAACGAUAUAGAAGCUCUGUUGUAGCCACUGACCUGCCCGAGGGAUGGAGUCUCUCUUCGGGGGCGAGCUGGGCCUCCUGGGCGGUGGCGAGGGGCUGAGGGAUGACGGCUGCGGCCUGGGGUCGGGGGUCAACUGGUCGGCCUCGCCCAUCCAAGACGACAUGUACCCCUCCCACUUCGCCCUGGCCGCCGCCUACCACGACAUCAAGACGCGAUUGGCCAGCCUGGAGCGAGAGAACAGCAGCAUCAAGAGGAAGCUGAAGAACUAUGAGGUCAAGCAGAGCAGCACAUGGAGCGUAUCUGUGGUCUGGAGUCAGCUCUGAGGCAGAGGGAGGGGUCCCUGCAGAAACUCAGUGCUCAGCUGCACAGCAAGAACAUUCAUUACCUACAGCUACACACCAGUCUGGACGUGCCUCGCGAGCGGAACGGGCGGGGUCCGACCCUGCAGAGCUCUCGUAGUCUGGACGCCGUGUCCGACCUGAAGCUGCAGCGGUUGGAGGCGGAGCUAGAAGGGGCACGGCAGCAGGCCCAGGGGGCGUGUCAGAGAGAGAAGGAGAUGAAGGAGGAGCUACAGAGGCUGCAGGCAGAGAUCAGACAGCUGCAGCAGAACGUACAGAGACAGGAGGUGACCACACCCUGUGAGCACUGUGACGUGGAAUGGAUAAAGAAGGCAGGAGAUGAACAGGUGAACCUGGCGUUGGCCUACACUGAGCUGACAGAGGAGCUGGUGCGUGUGAGAGGUCUGGCUGUCAAACAGACCGAGAUCCUCAGGAAGGCAUCCCACGAGCAGAUGGUCCUGAGACACUCCCCAGCCCCCCAGCGUCGCUCCCCGGCCUCCCAACGCCCCUCCCCAGACCGCCUCCACCCUCACCCCUCUCCUCCCCUUUCACCUUCCUCACCCCCUUCUGGCCCCGCAUCCUACUCCCCAACUGGCCUCACUUACUCACCCACCGGCCCAGCCUCCUACUCCUGCCGGCCAACCAGCCAACGGCUGCGUGCCCGCUUCCAGGGGCGCCGCAGCUACUCAGAGGUGGCCGACUCGUCUGCCCACCAGAGGCCCCCGCCCAGGCUGCUCCGUGACCCAGUCUCCACCCUGCCCAAGCCCAAGAACAUGGGGGAGUCUGGGGCUUAUUCCCGCCCGCCCAGGGUUUCCCUGGUGGGGCUUCCCCGGCCGGCCUCGGCCCGUGGAGCUGUAAGUGGUGGUGGCGGGGGAGGUGGUGGUGGCAGCAGCCUGAGCAGUAGUCCCCACCACCAUGCCCUGGAGCUGGGCUUCCCUCUAGCUGCAGAGGGGCGCCACUUCUGUCAUCUGGAGGAUCCCCCGGCCCCCACCCCACAGGUCACCCCGCCCCAGUCGUCUGACGAUGAGGAGUGGAGGUGCCCAUCCCCGGUCUCCAGUCCUCCCAGGACACUGGGGGCCAUGGGGGUAAGCUCACGGGAACCCCCACCCUGCCCUUCCUUCUUGGCCCUAAAGGACCCGGCUACCCUCGCCUGCCACCUGCCAGGGUACCUGAACGCAGACCACGCCCAGUCCUGGCCCUCCAUCAAUCUGUGGAUGGAGACGGAGGAGGACGACGCCCGGAGCUGCCCGCUGUGUCAGCUGACCUUCCCCACUGGCUACCCCGACGACGCCCUCAUCAAACACAUCGACACGCACCUGGAGAACAGCAAGAUCUAACCGCCCCCCCCCCACCCACCCCCAAGACACAGAUCAACUUACUCUGCCAAAUUCGAACCUAAACCAUUAGCAGGAAAACACAUUUCUAACCUAAACCAUUAUCAGGAAAACCCAUUGCAGAUCCCCUUUGCAAUAUGACACUCUAGGGCAGACUGCAUCCACUGAAUCACCCAUCUACAUUUAGAUGUGAUAGUCAUUUUCUAAACUGGAAAGUUUCCUUACCUCUGUAUUUGACAAUGUUAGUUUAGGGCUAUAACAAGGGCCAGUGCUGUUUCUGAAUGCUCCCUAUCUCUCCCAUGUUAUCAGGUAUGGUCUUUGACAUGGUUACCUCGCACUGUUUUUAAAACCAUCAAUAAUGGGUCACACCCCCAACUACAUGCUUUAUCAUAAAGUUUACACUCUGUCAAAACCAGAAUGAACUCUUCACCCAGACUUUAAGGGCAUAUUCAUAACGGAGGUACACAGCACUUUUUUUUUAGAAUUGAGUUCUAACGGAAUUUGAAUAGUUCUCGUCGAGAUUCAAGAACAAUCUUUAAAAACGUCUCACGUGUCUCUGUAAAAUGUAAUGAAAUAACAUGAAGUCAAGGAUGACAGAGGGGGUUGGUGAUAAUAGCUGUAAAUAGAUGAGCUAUGGCAGUGUGGCGAGGACCCUAAAACAGUGAAGGGAUGGACCACUAUAGGUACCUCAUAAGAAACUCCUUUGUAUAUUGACAUUCAGGGAUUUAGGAUAUUGUACCAUAGCAAUUAAAAACUAGGGUAGAAACAGUC